CUCAGCUUCCUCUCUAGAGGACACUUUCACUUCCUGCUACCCCAGGCAUCCCGUCGGAAACAGGCUGCCCCUGUCUGCACCUUUGACCCAGCUCCAUGUCACACUGCCCACUUCUGAUCCCUGACCUCCUGGACUCCGUACAUCAUGGGCUGGUCCUGCCACAGGCAAAUGGAGCAGGCAAGACUCCUCUAGGGGUCCUCGGCACCCCACUUCUUCGCCUGCAGAGGACGCGUGGUGUGUGGCAGGUCCCUGAAUUGGAUGCCAAUGAUGCGAAGGCCCUGGUGGAGCUGUGGCCACUAGGGAGUUUCCUGGUCACGGGACAUGACCCCAGCCAAGUCCUGGUGUUGAAGACAGGACCUUCACCAGGAGAAGUCAACACCUACAGGAUCCAGAAAUUGCCUGGAGGUGUGUCCCUGGAGACCUCCAACCUCUGCAUGCCAGACCUGCCCCACCUCCUGGCCUUCUUAUCAGCUAGCAGGGAUGUUUUGCCUAAAACACUGAUCCUGCCCUCUUCUACUCUGGCGCCCGGAGAGAAACACAAAGAUUCUGUGCAGGUUGGCAGGGUACAAGGUGACCCCUCAGGGAGGGUGCUCUCUGUGGUGAACCAGCUCUACCUGGAGACUCAUGGAAGCUGGGGAACAGAGCAGAACCCCCAAACAACAGAGCCAGAGACUGCCCAGAGGCAUGAUCCAGCCACCAGGAACCCCGUCCAGCACCGGGUCUCCUGGGUGGAAGGGCCGCUCAGCCCAGAGGUGCGCCCUCCUGGGCCGGCUCUGGCCAGUCUGGUGGAGGAGAAAGAGGAGGAGGAGGAGGACAACGACCCCUACAAGGAUGACGUGGAAGCCCCGGAGGAUGUGCUCACUGUCCACGUCCGAGCUCUGGCCAGGGCGCGGAGCAGCUACGUGGCCAGGCAGUACCGGGGCUUCCGGGCCCGCCUCACCUCGGAUUGCGUGGGUUCCCACAGGCCAGGAGACCCGGCCACCGAGCUGCUGCAGGAUGUGCGUCACCUCCUUACUGACCUCCAGGAUCACUUGUCAAAAGACCCCGACGUCAGAGCCGUCUUUGGGAACAGGGGCCUGGGGGGCCCCCAGAAGGACGAGGAUCUUGGUCCCGCUGUGGAGACGGCCGUUUGCCGGGCGGUGCUGGAGCCGCUGAAGCCUGCACUGUGGACGCGACUCCGCACGCUCCGCGCCCAGGAACUAAGGCGACUGAGGCGGCGGCAAAUAGCCCUGCGGGUGGGGGCGGGGCCUCCAGGUGCUCAGGGGGCGGGGCUUGAGGGUCCAAGCCCCGCCCCCUCCCUGCGGAACCGCAUCCACGCGCGCCUAGAGCACCUGCACGCCGCGUGCGCGCCGCGCCGCAAGGUGGCGCUCCUGCUGGAGGUGUGCAGCGACGUGUACUCGGGCCUGGCGGGCGGCGACAACCAAGAACCCCAGGGGGCCGACGCCUUCCUGCCGGCCUUGACCGAGGAGCUGAUCUGGAGUCCGCACAUUGGGGAGACACAGCUGGACGUGGAGUUUCUAAUGGAGCUCUUGGAUCCAGAAGAGCUACGGGGAGAGGCCGGGUACUACCUGACCACGUGGUUUGGGGCGCUGCACCACAUCGCCCACUACCAGCCUGACGCGGGCCGCGCACCCCAGGGGCUCAGCUCCGAGGCCCGUGACUCCCUUCGCCAGUGGCACCGCAGGCGCACGCUGCACGGACAGAACCCACUUGGAGCCCAGGCCAACCUGCCAUUUGAGGAGCCAUGGGCAGUCGCUACUGUGCCAGGGGCCACUGAUGAUUAGCCGUCUCAGACCCUCUCUACUCCUCAAGCAAGAUACAAAGGCGGCUGGGACAGUGCGCGGAUUAGGGACAGCAAGACAGAACGGUUCCCAGGAAAAGGGAAUGGCCACCUCAGGGCCUUGGCAAGAGCUGUUCCGGCUUCCUGGAGUGCCCUUCCCUAAUAUCCGCAGUGUACCCUCUCUCCCCUCCAGGUCCUCACGCAGAUGUCACCUCAGGGAGGCUCUCCCUGACAGCCCUCUGUAGAACCAUGUCUACUCCCACCUGACUCGGUGAUAGGCAAAAUAAUGACACCCCAGAAGGAUGUUUCAACCUAAUCCCCCCAGUCUGUGAAUAUGCUACCUAACACAUCACAGGUGUGCUCACAUCAAGGACAGACGUGAGAAGGUUAGCGGUGUGCUGGCUCAAGGGUCCCUAUAAGAGGGAGACAGGGGCCUGGGAAAUAGCCCAGUUGGCAGAGUGCUUACCUCCCAUGCACAAGGCCCUGGGUUCAAUCCCAGCUCCAAAAAAAAAAAGGUGGAGGGAGAGUCAGAGGAGCAAUGAUGCCAAUAGAAAUCAGAGUGAUGUGGACACCAAGGCGGACACUCCAGAAGUUAAAAGACAAGGCAUGGAUUGUCCCCUGGGACUUCAGAAGGAACUCGGCUUUUGUUCUGGACUUCUGACCUAGAGAGCUAUAAAAUAAUAAACUUGUUCAAGUCAUUGA